AUCCCGGACUACCUCCCGGCCGUGGGAGAGAUGGAUGCCUUCCUGAAGAUGCCAAGGCCAGACGGCGUUCCCGAUGACUUGGGGCGCAAGGUAA